AUGGGGGGCGCCGUGUUGGUCGCCAUCGCGGCCUCUAUCGGCAACUUGCUGCAGGGCUGGGACAAUGCGACAAUUGCUGGAGCGGUCUUGUACAUAAAGAAGGAAUUCGACUUGGAGAGCGAUCCCCUAAUUGAGGGCCUCAUCGUGGCCAUGUCCCUCAUUGGGGCAACAGUCAUCACGACGUUCUCCGGGGCAGUGGCCGACUCUGUUGGUAGGAGGCCCAUGCUGAUCGCCUCGGCUGUCCUCUACUUUGUUAGUGGGCUGGUGAUGCUCUGGGCACCAAGUGUGUAUGUCUUGCUCCUUGCAAGGCUCAUCGAUGGGUUCGGUAUUGGUUUGGCCGUCACACUUGUUCCUUUGUACAUUUCUGAGACUGCGCCGACAGAUAUUCGAGGGCUGUUGAACACACUGCCGCAGUUCAGUGGGUCAGGAGGGAUGUUCCUUUCCUACUGUAUGGUGUUUGGGAUGUCCCUCAUGCCCACACCUGAUUGGAGGCUCAUGCUUGGAGUUCUGUCGAUCCCAUCACUUAUUUACUUUGGAUUGACUGUCUUCUACUUGCCUGAAUCACCAAGGUGGCUUGUGAGUAAAGGAAGGAUGGCUGAGGCAAAGCGAGUGUUGCAAAGGCUGCGGGGAAGGGAAGAUGUCUCAGGGGAAAUGGCUCUUCUAGUUGAAGGUUUGGGGGUUGGCAAAGAUACACGUAUUGAAGAAUACAUAAUCGGCCCUGAUGACGAGCUUGCUGAGGAAGGUCUGGCUCCAGAUCCAGAGAAGAUCAAAUUAUAUGGACCUGAAGAAGGCCUAUCUUGGAUUGCCCGACCUGUUCGGGGACAAAGUGCUCUUGGAAGUGCGUUAGGUCUCAUCUCUCGUCAUGGGAGUAUGGCUAGUCAGGGUAAGCCCCUCGUGGAUCCCGUGGUCACUCUUUUCGGCAGUGUUCAUGAAAAGAUGCCUGAGAUAAUGGGGAGCAUGAGGAGCACAUUGUUUCCCAACUUUGGCAGCAUGUUUAGUGUUGCCGAACAGCAGCAGGUGAAGGCUGACUGGGAUUCCGAGAGUCAAAGGGAGGGUGACGAUUAUGCUUCAGAUCAUGGUGGCGAUGACAUUGAGGAUAACCUCCAAAGCCCACUUAUUUCUCGUCAAGCAACAAGUGUGGAAGGAAAGGAGAUUGCUGCACCUCAUGGUAGCAUAAUGGGUGCUGUGGGAAGAAGCAGUAGCCUGCAGGGAGGGGAGGCAGUAAGCAGCAUGGGUAUUGGUGGAGGAUGGCAGUUGGCGUGGAAAUGGACUGAGAGAGAGGGCGAAGAUGGACAAAAGGAAGGUGGCUUCCAGCGUAUUUAUUUGCAUGAGGAGGGUGUACAAGGCAACAGGGGUUCUAUAUUGUCAUUACCAGGAGGGGAUGUUCCUCCUGGUGGUGAGUUCGUCCAGGCUGCAGCUCUUGUGAGUCAACCAGCUCUUUACUCUAAGGAACUGCUGGAGCAACAUGCUGCUGGUCCUGCGAUGAUGCAUCCAUCUGAGGCAGUUGCUAAAGGUCCAAGAUGGGCUGACCUAUUUGAGCCUGGAGUGAAGCAUGCACUGUUUGUUGGCAUAGGAAUACAGAUCCUACAACAGUUUGCUGGCAUCAAUGGUGUUCUCUACUACACUCCUCAAAUUCUUGAGCAAGCAGGUGUUGGUGUUCUUCUGUCGAACAUUGGCCUUAGCGCAUCUUCUGCAUCAAUUCUUAUUAGUGCCUUGACAACCUUAUUUAUGCUUCCAAGCAUUGGUAUUGCAAUGAGGCUCAUGGAUAUAUCUGGAAGGAGAUUUCUUCUCCUUGCGACAAUCCCUAUCUUGAUAGUUGCACUAGCUAUCUUGGUCGUGGUCAAUAUUGUGGAUGUGGGAACCAUGGUGCAUGCUGCACUCUCCACGAUUAGCGUCAUAGUCUAUUUCUGCUUCUUUGUCAUGGGGUUUGGGCCUAUUCCCAACAUUCUCUGUGCAGAGAUCUUUCCCACCACCGUCCGCGGCAUCUGCAUAGCCAUCUGCGCCUUAACCUUCUGGAUUGGUGACAUUAUCGUGACAUACACGCUUCCUGUGAUGCUGAAUGCCAUCGGUCUCGCUGGCGUCUUUGGGAUAUAUGCCGUUGUUUGCAUCCUGGCUCUUAUAUUUGUAUUCAUCAAGGUGCCAGAGACAAAGGGCAUGCCUCUCGAGGUCAUCACUGAGUUCUUCUCCGUUGGAGCAAAGCAAGCCAAGGAAGCCAGGGAAGAUUAA